GAGAGAGAGAGAGAGAGAGAGAGAGAGAGAGAGAGAGCGAUGGAGCUGUUAGGAUGGUGGUUGAUGCUAGUGGGCACACUUCGGCUUGCAUCGGUAUGGUUCGGUUUCUUCGACAUUUGGGCUCUUCGUCUCGCUGUUUUCUCCAAAACCACCAUGUCAGAAGUACAUGGGAGGACAUUUGGAGUGUGGACUCUUCUAACAUGCACUCUUUGCUAUCUGUGUGCAUUUAACCUUCAUGACAGGCCUUUGUAUUUGGCAACCUUGUUAUCGUUCGUCUAUGCCUUCGGUCAUUUCCUGACAGAGUUCUUGAUCUAUCAGACAAUGGAAAUAAAAAAUCUGGUUACUGUUGGUAUAUUUGCAGGCACGUCUAUAGUGUGGAUGUCGUUGCAGUGGAAUGCUCGCCAACGGAUUAAAACUAAGAGUCCAUAAAAGUGAAUCAAUAGCAUUGGUUUGAAGCAGAUUUUUUGGACGUUAUCCCUUUUGGCCUAUGCCUUUGCUGCUGCGCUUUAAGUCUCGGAGUUUCAGCUGGGUGAGCUCUGGAAGAAUCUCUCUUUGGACUUCUUGGCCGCAAUUUCCUCAAAUGUCUCAAUGCCAGCUUUCCUUCUAAUUGGCUUUUGUAGCAAUUCGAAGGAUUUCAUGUGUCUCAGACUUGGUCUACGGAUUUUUUCGAAUAUUUUCCAAAACAUGUAAUGCCAUAAAAAAAUUUCUACUACUAUUAUUUACAUGGUCAAUCCUCGUUUCUGUAUAACUUUGCUUUUUGGUUGAUUGUCAACUUUAUCUCGUA